GGCUCUCCUUAAGUCCAUGAAUAGCACGGAAUUCAUGAUAUCUCGUCAUUUCCUGAAACCGGCGAGUCACUGAAGUCCCCAACCAUGUCCGAGUCAAAAAGCCCCGACUCAGCUUCCCUACACAGCGCGUCUAACGUAAUCUCCAAAAGAGAAACCUCAUGGCCCCUCACUUUUCUUAUUACAGCACUGGUCCCCGUUGUCGCUGCAACAAUCCUCUACCAACUCGACACGUUCGACCCGGCUCCUCUGCCCCCGGGCGAGUUGACUCGGCAUGUCAUAGCCGCCCCGGCACGUAACAGUCGCAUGCUAGAAGGAUCUGAGCGCGUGGGUUUUGGGCAUUUGGUCGGCCCAGAAGAUAUUGCUUAUGAUCCCAGCUCCGGAGUCUUCUACACUGGCUGUGCUGACGGGUGGAUCAACCGAGUCACGGUGAACGACUCGGUGGUGCACAAGUGGAUCAACACCGGCGGAAGACCUUUGGGAAUCGCUGUUGGACGUAACAACGAACUUAUUGUCGCCGACGCCGCAAAGGGUCUACUGAACGUGACGGCAGAAGGUAUGGUGGAGCUAUUGACAGAUAAGGCUGAGGGGCAAAAAUUCGGAAUGAUAGACGGUGUGGAUGUAGCACAGAAUGGCAUGAUUUAUUUUACAGAUGCUUCAUAUAAAUAUAACAUAAGCGAGUUCAUUUGGGACUACUUGGAGGGUAAGCCCCAUGGCAGGCUUAUGAGCUAUGAUCCUGCAACCGGAAGGACCAAGGUGCUGGUCCGCAACCUUUUCUUUGCUAAUGGUGUUGCAGUCUCACCCGAUCAAAAUUAUGUGAUCUUCUGUGAAACCCCAGUGAGAAGGUGUAGAAAAUAUAUCAUACAAGGCAAGGAAAAAGGAAAAGUAGAGAAGUUUGUCGAUUAUCUACCAGGCGUGCCUGACAACAUCCGAUAUGAUGGAGAAGGCCACUACUGGAUUGCAUUCCCAACGGAACCUACACUUUCAUGGCAUCUAGCAUUCAGAUACCCUUUCAUUCGGAAGGGCAUAGCAAUCAUGGAGAAGUACAUUGGGAGACCAAAUAUGGAGAAGAAUGGCGGGGUUCUGGCCGUUGAUUUGGCAGGAAAACCUACUGCCUACUACCUUGAUCCUGGAUUGCCAAUAGUUACGACUGGGAUCAAGAUAGGAGAUCAUUUGUAUUGUGGCUCCUUUGUCUCUCCCUAUAUUAUCCGCCUCAAUCUCAAACAAUAUCCUGCGACAUGAGCAACAUGACGUACGUUGUACUUGUUGCUGCAGAUCGAAUCGAUCCUUGAUGGCAUCUAUUUUCAAUAAUUGAUGGUCUCACCUCAAUGUAUUUUGAGAUUGUUUGUUUGUUAUGCAUGUAUCACAACCCUAAGACAAUUAACGGAACUCUUUGCAUGUGUA